UUGGAUAGGAAUAAACGGUGGAGAUGGGUUUGAAACCCGAGGUUUGUUGUUAAAUAUCUAUCUCACAGUCCUCCGAAAUUCCGGAAGAAAAUCGACGCACACUGAAUCUGAUGGACCUUCUUGAUCAUUUGUGGGAUGACACCGUUGCUGGUCCUAGGCCGGAGAACGGUCUCGUCAAGCUCCGAAAGCACCCUACCUUCCCUAAUUCCCCAUCUAUCUCCGCCAAGGAAGCAGAGGGUGGAAAUGUGAGAUCCUACGGUGGGGGUACGGCGGAGGAAGGGAUGAGAGUGACACGUAGUAUUAUGAUCGUGAAGCCAGCUGGGUACCAGAGUCAGAGUGGAUCAGCUCCCGCUUCACCUGCGGGCUCUACUCCUCCGGUGUCUCCGUUUUCCGGUAAGGAGGUAGAGAGGGGUUCCGUUUUGGAAGAAGGUCAACAUCAAGUGCGUAUGAGAACGAGAAGGCAGGCCAAAACAGACGAAGCCCUUCUUCUCCUUUCGAUGUGUGAUAAAUUAACGUACUUUACGUUUACGUGCGUCCUCACUUUCGAAUUUUUGUUUGUGUAUAGAGGUCGUCUUAUGCGAGUUAGCAUGUGUGCUUUUUUUGUUUGUUUUUUGUUGCAGUAAUUAAGUAUAGUCCAGAUGUUAAUGGUUGCUCAGUUUAAAUAACAACUUGUAAAUAGUUAUCUCCUUAUAAUAUGUAUAUUAACUUUAUUUUUAUUUUUUAAAAUUUUAAAUUUCUUAA